AUGGAAAGGGCUAUUAAGCGCCGUGAUUAUCUGCAGGGUUUCGCAGGAAAGCCAUCUGACAAGCUUGCUGGGGGAUUAGGACAACGACGCCCGUUAACGCAAGCAGUAGCAGAUGCUGAUGCAGCAGGUGUAUGCACAGGUCGUUUAACUUCUCUUUCUCUUUGUACCCGUAAGAAGACGGAUUGGCUUCAUCGUAAUAGCAGAGAAUCAAUCCCUUGGUAUUGGGGAGACCCGCAAUGCAGCAAUAUGAAUUCUUCAAUUUCAUCAGGAAAACAACAACAACUACAACAUGUACACAGUCAGAAAAGAUGCAAUAAAGUACGAUACUGUGGAUUAGACCCUGAAGAACAAAGACUUCACUUUCAAACGCGCUGGAAACCUGUAGACGGGAAGAUGGCUUUCUGCACCGCCAGAAGAGAGGGAAGUGCUGCUGUUGAAUGCAGCGUCGAUUGCAUUGACAGAGACAAGACUUAUCACACUUGGAAAAAGAUGCAUGGAGAGCAAAGACAUACAGAAUCUCAUCUCCAGUUUGAUCGCUUCUUAACAGUUGAAGAAUCUGCAAAGCGCUUCGAUAGACUGCCCGUAGUAAUUAACAGAAAUCCUCCGACUGCCAACCCCGACGGCCCAUUUGAAAAGCCGAGAGAAAAAGGAGGGAACUUAAAUCGGCAAUUUAUACCUCGCGAAGACGCCAAACGUUUAGAUGAUUUCAAAACGCAUGCAAACCUCUCUUCUAAAUCCGGCCAUCUUCAAACCUCCACUCUACUUAACCUAACGGGAGCAGAACCAGGCGAGAAAAGCAAAGGACAAAGACGCUCUUGCGUUGAUCACGCUUUUGAUUUUAUUUUGCCGCCUUCUCCUUAA